GCCACCGCCGCCGCCUCGGCCGGGGAUCUCGGGACCCGGUGGGCUCGGCAGGGCCCCGCCCCGCCACGCCCCUGCGCGCCGAGCAGGCCGAGGCGGAGCGGCGCGCCCCCCGCGACGCCGGAGCCCGAGUCCGAGCGCAGCGGCAUCCAAGCGGGAACCGGAGCGGGAGCGGAGCCAGAGCGGGAACCUGAGCUGGAGCCGAAGCUGGAGCCGGCAGUGCGGCGCACGGAGCGGAGCGAGGCAGCCAAGCCGAGUGAGCGGAGGGUCCUUCCCUGCGAGAAGUCAGAGCUGUGCACGUGGGCAGGCUGGCUCCGCUGUUCUGCUCCAAGGAUUACAUGUCCUUCAAACGCCCCUGCCCCUUAGCUCGAUACAACCGCACCAGCUACUUCUACCCAACGUUCUCAGAGAGCUCAGAGCACAGCCAUCUGCUCGUGUCUCCUGUGCUGGUGGCAAGCGCAGUCAUAGGCGUGGUCGUCAUCCUCUCCUGCAUCACCAUCGUCGUGGGCAGCAUCCGCAGGGACAGGCAAGCCCGGCUCCAGCGGCACCGCCACCGCCAUCGCCGCCACCACCACCAUCACCAUCGCCGCCGCCGCCGCCGCCGCCGAGAGUACGAGCACGGCUACGUGUCCGACAGGCACACGUAUAGCCGCUCGAGCCACAGGACACGCUACACCUGCGGCCCUGCCGAGGACUGGCCUCCACCCUUGGACCUCAGCUCUGAUGGGGACGUGGAUGCCACGGUGCUCCGAGAGCUGUACCCAGAUUCUCCACCAGGUUACGAGGAGUGUGUGGGGCCGGGGGCCACUCAGCUGUACGUCCCCACAGACGCCCCACCCCCCUACUCGCUGACCGACUCCUGCCCUACGCUGGACCGCGCCCUGGAUGCGGACAGUGGCCGCAGCCCUGGCCAACACCAGCAGGCACAGAGACCGCAGGGCCAGAGUGGCUUCCGCACCAUUUCCGUGGACACCCUGCCGCCUUAUGAGGCCGUGUGUGGGGCCAGUCCCCCUCCAUCGGGCCUGCUGCCACUGCCGGGACCAGAACCAGGGCCGAGGAGCUCCCAGGACUCGCCCACCCCAACCCGGGCCCCAGCCUCAGGCCCAGAGAGGAUUAUGUGAGGGACCCAGCGGCCGGUCCUGCCAGCCCCUCAGAGCUGGGCCACACCUUUCAGGCACGCAGGGGCGCGCACGCGCACACACGCACACACGCACGCACACACACA